AUGUCGCAUUUCGAGGACAAUUCCCCAGCUAAGAGGAGAAAGCUGGAUAUUGAUCAGCAACAUGAUACAACCGCCGCCAUAACGUCGCAUACGCAACUGCGCGCGCUUCUGACUUUUUCACAGGACGCCGUCGAAUCCAAGCGAGGUAUAAAUAAAUUCAAAGAAUUUCUUGUCUCUAUUGGACAAACUGAAAAAGAAAAUGAUAAAGCGAAGAAAUUUCGUGUGCUCAAAGCUUAUUGUGAUUCGCAAAUCUCUCGCAACGGGGAUGAUAGCGACGCAGUAUGCUUUCCAGAUAUGAUACAAACCUGGGGAUUCGCCGAUACUAACAAUCACGAAUCUCUCCUGACGGUUGUGCCAGCUGUCCUGGCUCUUUUCAUCAAAACGACGUCUAGCCAGCUUGAGUUCCGGGAAUUUGGACUGGCGCUUUGCAAAUUCUUGUUGCAGAAGGAGCAGCUCCGACUUUUCAACCGUGGCCUGACGGCUAUGAAAUCAAAGGAACAUUUGAUUUCCCCUUGCCUCCGGUUGCUGACUGAGAUCGUCAGCUUUGAUGGAGGUGCCGUGGCGCGACUGCUUCACACCGCACGCUAUAUCACAUUCAAGCGCCUUGAUAUUUUCCUCACCCCCAACAAAGCGCAGCUCGAGGAAGCUUCAGAUGACUCUCAUAAAUCAACACUUCGACGAAAUGCGCAAAAAUAUGUGCUCGCAAAUCUGAGAUUCCAGCACGUCAACGCAAAGAGCGACCUAGUUGAACAGUCCAAGAUUAUCCGAGCAUUCAUUGAGUACGUGAGAAAAGAUCCCCGGGAAAUCGUUCUUGAGAUCAUUAGGGCAAUCGAUAGAGAUAUCAUUCAGGAUGCUGCCCUUUCUCGAAACGCGAAAACUCGGUUCUUCAGCCGAUGGAACCUGGAGAGACUCGUGACACUCUAUGGGUACGACCGAGACUCCGAGGAACCGAAUCCUGAUGGUAUAUCCAUCGCAAGCGAGAUCCAUAAAGUCUUGAUGAAUGUCUGCACAACUACUGGACUUGGUGUUUUGUUGCCCGAGACAGGCUGGUAUCCCAAUGGCAGUGACCCUGAGUCGCUACCAAGUGAGGACGAUUCUUGCAUUGAACUGGGUCUCGAUUCCGCGGUUUAUGUUGAUAAAUACAGGGAGUCGGUUCCUGUACGGAAUGGUAUAUUAUCAUAUCUGAUCCAAGCACUGCGCCCUGAUGUGGAUAGUCUUCAAAUCGAACUGUUGGUAGCUAUCUUUAAGGCGGCGCCAGAGCUCGUUGCCGACUUCUUCACAAAGAAAACCAUGUUCAUUUCCGACCCGAAACCUACGCCUUCUUGGAUGGCUGAGUCUGCGCUUCUAUUCUCUACAAUUCAGCUCCCAGUCCCGGCCAACUGUGGCUGGAAGGACAAGUUGCCUGCUAUGCCGCCACCCGUCUCGGUGGUUAUCGAGAGUAUCCUUCCGCGUCCACUCACACAAAAAAUCUUAACCCGCUGCCUGAACCAGAAUGCAGAAAUUGUCACUUUAUUCGCGGUCCGAAUUUUGACGAUUGCCUUCAAUAAACUACGAGCAGUUUUGAAAAUUUUCAAUGCUGAUCAUGGAUCAGGACAAACGUUUUGGAACCAGGCUACGAGCAAACUGGUCGCUGAAUUUUGUCGCCGAUGUCCUUCAAUGAAGGAUGUCAUUCUUUUGUUCAGAAGGACCGAGAAAGAUGAUUUGCAGCAGCAAGAUGCCGUUGCAGAGUUGUUGGCUUGUUUCUACGAAGUCAUCCCUGACGUUGCAUUGGAAGAAAGCUUUGAUGUUUCCUUGGUUAUGGUUGAAAUCUUGAAACGAUUGGAGCGCCCAGAUCUUGGUACAGAGGACUCCGAAUUGUUGCUCAGUCAAUUGCAGAACAUUCUCAAGAUUGCACAGCAGUCUGCAUCCAUCCGGUGGUGGCAACAACCUGCUUCUAUGCAAUAUUCUGCAUUCACCUCUAUUUUGAAGGUUCUUGUCGAAGCAUCAGAUAAAAACUCUCUCAGGGAAAUCCAAAACCUAUUGAAGAUUGUGCUUGUCGAGAAUUCUGUUUUGCGAAACGCAUCUUCAUUCUCAUCGCUACUCUCUAGCUUCGAGGUUUCCGAGUCCGAGAAGGUCCAUAGCCAACUUACGUUUUUUGACAACUGUGCGUGCCGGAUAGCAAAGAAGCCUGUUCAUUACCAGGACCUAGUUGGAUCUUCCCUUCAAAGUGACCCAGAGUCGACUAGCCCUAUAGUUGCUGCUAUCACUGAACAGUGGCCAUUUGUGAUCAAGAAUGGAGACGCAUCGGCAGAAAGUGAUGUGGGCACAUGGAUCGCUGCAUUGCUUGGAAAACUGAAACAGGCAGGUGAAUCCUCCAAAGCACUGAAGGCUGCCCGAGAUGUUUUGGUGGAGGCUACUGAAAACAAAAAGACCAAAUCAAGCUUGAAGAAGGCAUUGAAAGACAUUGAGGGGAUCGAAAAUGAUGGCAAUGAUGGGCACGGCUCGUCUCGAAAGACUGUGCCAGGUUCUUCGGAUAGUGUUCCACUUGUGGAUUUGGAUGAGGUCUUUGGCACAUUACCUGUUGAGGGCAAAACUCAUAAUGCUCUUCAAAGGUGGGAAAAGGAGGAUCUUGAAAUGUCAGUGGAAGAAGGUCGUGUAGCUGAACUCAUGCUCUGCGUGUCUUCUGAGCACGAAGAAGUCAGGAGACAGGCCUUUGCCAACAUAUCUCGCUUUAUGUCAAAAAUCAAGGAAUCGAAAUACGCUGAAUGGCGAUCGGCUUACAUACUGGCUGGUGAACUGCUUGAAACCGUGAAGCAGAUUGGCCUUGAAGCGCCUGUACCGUGGAUCGUUGGAGAGUGUGCCUCUAGCUGUCUAUCCGUCCUCACCAACCCGAUGCACAAAUUGUAUGGGAAGGUCAACAAGUUUCUUCAGAAAGCUCCUUCUUGGGAGCCGGAGAAGAUCCCAUCUUACUGGGUUGACAAGAUCUUGCUGCAUGAACCCGAAUUGGAUGACGGCUACUACGAAGAAAUAAACUGGCUACUGGACCUGCUGAUAAAGGGUAUUCGGACAGAGACUGACAUGGAAGUCUACCGCCGUGCAAAUGUCUUUGAGCGUGUGCUUUCAUUUUAUGACUCGCCAAGUGCAGGAGUCUCAUCCAAGAGAAAAAUCCUCGAGCUUAUGUAUCGUGCGACCCAAGUGGGAGGAAGUACAACCUUGAUCACAAGAGCGGCUGCUAUCAGCUGGAUCCAGAGCCAGGUCGCAGCAGUGAAUGACAAGGAAGCGUCAACAAUCACUGCCAUAGCUCGCGCGGUGCGUCAAUCCUCGGAUCAGGAACGGGUUGAUAAAUGGAGUGGGGGAGCUUUGACACAGGCCGUCGAGAAUAUCGCAGGAUAG